AUGCCCAGCAAAUCUCACGGUCAGCUCAAUGGCACGCUACCUUCAACCGACCCUGCAAACGGCAAACGUAGAGCGACCUCUGGAUCAUCGUCGGCUGGCAAAGCAAAGGUCGCCUCUGCAGGCACAAACGCGCAAUCUGCUUCUGCGCAAACGGCUUCAGACAUCAUGACCAAUGCGGAAGUGCAGAUGGCACAAGUCGACCUCAUCGAAGAGAUCCUAGGCCCUGACAUGGUCGACAAGAUGAUGAACGGUGGCAUCACGUUUGACGAUGUGAUGCGGCUCACACGGGAUCUCAAUUCCCUUCAACCUGAUGAUCCAGCGCGAAUGGCCGCUGAUGCUAUCAGGGAGUCCGGAUGUGCUCCUGCAGCUUAUGACGCAGUGCUCCCUAUCAGCAAGCCGGCGCAUGCGAUGACUUCGGCAACUACCAAAUUACGAUCAGCCGAGCCUGCUGUUGCCGCUGUCAAACUUGACAGAAGCAAUGCGCACGUCAGGUCUACUGACGAGAACAAAGUAGCACUCGCUGUAAAAGCACCGCUCAUGAAAUCACCGCCAGCAAAGGCGCGUGCACUACCUCGGAACGCACAUGGCGACGAGCAACGCGCUAUGGCAAAAUCAGCAGUCGAUCGGGUCGUCAAGUCGCUUUCAUCUCAAGGCGGAUCGCUUGAUGGUCUCAAGGAGUUUUAUCUGUCAAACCCUGAUCUUCUCGACGAGUUACUGCAUUUGGACCAAAAUAGUCAUGCUUCUCGAGCGGCGAAGCCGUCAUCUCAGAGCAAGGCGAAUGGCUUGAAGCCCACAGCGACUGCUUUGCCACUGAGCCGAGACAGUUCAAACCUUCCCGCGACGAGCAAGGUUGUCUCGAACACUACGUCCACAACUCGCUCGGAUGGUACGAUCAUGUCGCUCACAACUACCAUCAGCGACGAAGGCGUCACCAUCACGGGCGAUGGCGUGAUGGCUACUUCCGAAGCCACGGCAGCCCUGGCGACUUUAGCGAAAGAACUCGUUGCAAGCGGCGCAAUGGGCCCAGCGCACCUUGCACCAACGCCAGCACUCUUUCUCGAGGAAGCUCGACGCGCCCAGCUGGAUAUCGUGGAUGCUACUGCUACUAAGAAGACACAGACAUCAGCAAGUGCGCCUGCAGCGAAAGCAAAGCCCUGCUUGGUAGUCUCAGCGCCGUCGCAGAGCUUGUUGAAGGCGAAUGGCCAUACAUCCAACGGCGCCACUCGCAGGAUACCCUCUCCAUCGCUUACAAGCAGGGAGCAGAUGAAUGGUAAAAAGUCGAGCAUCGUCACGAGCUCCUCACUGCCUAUGUCGAAGACUGCUUCUGCCUCUCCGACCUACUCAGCUCUGUCUACCGUGCAAAUUCCGGUCACUAAGCGACCGCCAUCACCGCCGAAAGAUGCAAUGGCUACAAAGAACAAGCCUCCGUCAAAGCCGCCCAUCUUUCGAACGACGUCCGGCAAGCAUCCGCCAGGUUGCAGAUGCCACGAGUAUCGCGCUAAUCCAGCUACGAUGGAGGAGAUCGACGGCAUCCUCAGCAAGAUCUUUCUCGAACGAUUUAAACAGGAUGCUUGCAGGCUAUACGCGACUCGCAUCGAGCGCGUCGCUCGAAGCAAACUGCCUCGUCUUAUAGAGAAGCUGCUGGCUCUGUGCGGUCCAGGCUGGAUCGCAGCCAAUGCGUAUACGUCCGAAAUCCAAGAAUACUAUCGCACGCAUAUUCUAGCAGAUUUGCGCGAGCUCGACGACCGAAUAUGGACAAACAGCGCCGAAUGGGUGUAUACUGCGGUUCGACGGAGGGUCAUCUCAGCAGGGUUUCUCAUACCCUAUGAUGGCUUAGCGCCUGCAGAUCUACCGGCUAUCAUGCCUUCCCUUCGCGCUAUGCUCAAACAGAUCGAGGCUUGCCCAAAACCAGUCUGCGGGUCAUUGCCUCAAUUUCCGCCUGUCAAGCUAGAUCAAACAACUUUGAUGCGCUUCGCGCAAAGUAAAGCCAAAUUAGCCAAGAACGAUCCUGCGUGGCGGAAUUGGCGAGCCAAGCUCGAAUUGGGACUGGCGCGUAUGAUCGACUCUCUCUGGGAGACUGUCGGUGAAUUCGACGUCCCUACAUUCGGUCAAGGCGUUACAAUGGCAUUUCAGACCAGAAAUGCCGGUAUUAAGGGCUGGGAGACGACUCAGCGUUUCGAGUCCAUCAUUUUUGAGGAGGAAGAAGAGCGUGCCGAACGAGAACUCGCAACAGGCGCAAAGCGAUCCGGCAAGCGGAGGGCAGACGAAGGCGGCGAUGGACGAGGAGCAGGGGUAUCAGGCUGGGACACGAUAGAUGAAGAAGACCUUUGGGAGCGAAGGCUCGAAGGCGUCCACCAAGCCCAGCUGCCAACGCCGGCCAAAAAUCCUGCAGACGUCAGCUUACCUGCAGAGGACCACAUGUCGAUCGGCGAGCGUUCGGUUUACCGUUUAUUUCUCGCAGAAGCGGACAAGGACGAGGGCAAUAAGGCUUAUCGACGCGGUGAUUACGCUGGUGCUGCGGGUUUCUACAGCGCUGCCCACACCGCAGAGAAUCGAUUACCAGUAUACCUUCUCAACCGUGCGAUGGCAUAUCUUAAACUCGAGCUCUUCGAGGAAGCCGAGGAAGAUUGCAAUUCUGCGCUUUUACGGCAUCCGGCCAAUGCGAAAGGCCUCUGGCGACGUGCAAAGGCGCGACGCGGAUUAUCGCAGCAACAAGGUCGCAUUGACAAGCUCAUCGGAGCUGAGCGAGACGUGCUCGCUUUCCUCAAACUCAAGCCAGAUUCAUCGGAAGGCCAGAUAGAACUUCUCGAGAUACGCGCAGAGCUGUUCGACUGGCAAGGCAUGGGCCCACCUGUUCGCAAUACCGACAAUGUGUACAUGUCGACGUCAGCGGCGAUCCAUUUUGAGGACGAUGAUAAACGAUGUGAAACCCAAUGGGAGCUCACAGAGAGCGAGAGGCGACAGAUCCGAAUCGAGCCUGACAGCCGAUAUCCCCAGUGGCUGUCCUUCACCGUCCGCCGGGUUUUGAAUCCAGACGAAGACCCUCAGUCGAGCGGCGAGCCUUACGAAGUCACUUCAAAGGCCAAUUCGUCAUUGUUGACCAGCAUGUAG